AGGCUGGGGAGCGCAUUGGAUCGGAGUGGAAAUGAAUUUACGUGAUGUGGUGGGGGCGAUUGCUCCGUGCCAAUUCAGUGUAAUGUGUGCUCCACAGUAGUAAGCGCAGCGCAAGUGGUGCGUCAAAUAAUAGGGAGAUAUCAUACCAGCGUGGAGCAAUACAGGGCUGACACGUCUUGUUGCCCCGUCAUUGAGCAGCUGUUGGUGCCUAUAACUGGCUGCAAGAACCUGCUGGGAUCUGCAGUUGCUAAAGCGCUGGAGACUGAGCAUUAUAAUUACACACAGUGACACCGCCGUGCUGCCCCAGACACCCGCUGGUAACAGAGAGAGACCUCUAGCGGCAGAAGUACAACUUUCAGUUCUAAUUCAACAGUAACUUUUUUUUUCCCCCCUCCAAGCUUUAUUAACAGCAGCCUGGGAGCUACAAGGAUGGUGUCUGGCAGAGACUAGUUAGCGAUCAGUUUCUUCCGGGGUCUGAGCUCCGCGCAUCACAUGCCCCAGGCUGGCUGCGCUGGGAGUCAGAUGUAUGUGUGCGCUCUCGCCAGACUCGGAGUGAGUCGCCGCCGGGGAGCAGCAGCAGGACGACUCCAUGGAGGAAGCGGGGAAGGAUGAUGGCCCAGCAGCUAGCACCACACUCCUCCGGGGCCACAGUGCUGCAGCAGCAGGGACAAGUAAUGAAGCCAUUGAUGAAGGGUUACCAGAAAAUCUGCUGUCUCUCGACUCAGCUGCUGUAGAACAGCUUAGUGAGGGGCUCAUUUCCCACUACCUUCCAAACCUGCAAACUUCAAAGCUCGCCCUACAGGAACUCACGCAAAAUCAAGUGGUUUUAUUAGACACCCUUGACCAGGAAAUCUCAAAAUUCAAAGAGUGUAAUUCAGUUCUCGAUAUCAACACUCUGUUUUCAGAAGCCAAGUAUUACCACAACAAGCUAGUGAAUAUUAGGAAGGAAAUGAUGCUGCUUCAUGAAAAGACAUCAAAAUUAAAAAAGCGUGCACUGAAGCUACAGCAAAAAAAGCAGGAGGACAAUCUAAAGCAAGAACAGCAACGAGAGCGCGAGCUUGAAAGAGAGAAACAGUUGACAGCUAAACCAGCUAAAAGGACUUGACAUGCAGAGGGCAUCUCGGCCAGUUCUUGUACUGCACCCGAUAUCCAUUUCUUACUCCUAAUCAAGGAAAAUAAGAUCUGAUAGUUGGAAGGAAACAGAGUAUUGCCUGCCUUAUAUAUCUUUGUUGAAUUUAA